CUGAUAAAUAAAACAAGUCCUCAGAACGUGCUUCGCACGGGAUUUUUGGUCGUUUCUCGGCCAAUCAACUUAUUCAUCGAUUAUCAUUCAGAGCCAACCCCUGGGUUAUUUGGACUAUACGUAUCCUGCAUUAUGUCCGCCACACUAUCAACGCUCUCGAGCGGAAUGAAUAGUAUGGCUGCAGCAAUCUAUGAAGAUUUCCUCAAACAGAAACUCGAUGGCAAAAUAAGCGAUCAUCAGGCCACAUUUAUCAAUAAGCUGAGGUUAUUCCAGGCAAUCGUUGUCACUUGUGGCAUCUUAUCAACAGCUCUCGCUUUCGCAGCUGAACCUCUGGGAGGGAUUCUACGGGUUUGCGUCAAUGUAAUGGGUGCCAUGUCUGGCCCGAUGGUUGCGAUAUUUGUGCUGGCCAUGUUCGUUCCUCGAUCAGGUUUUUGGAGCUGCAUAGUGUCAUUUGUCGUAUCUAACAUCGUUAUGGUCAUUAUCUGUAUAGCAAAUUAUGUCGAGGAUCCUUAUCGGAAUCUCUUUCUUCCGACAAAUUCGAGCAGCGCAGGAUGUGGUUCACGUAAUUUUACUCUUAGACGGCCACCUCUGUACGAUGCUCACUACGGUGACCCAAACACCAUGUUUAUUUCAAGGAUCUCCACCUACGGUUAUGCUGGAGUCGGCUUUGUAAUAAUGAUGGCAAUAGGAGUACUUAUAAGUGUUGUAAAACCCGAACAACGAGUCGAAAGGGUGCGGCAUCUCACGUUCGCGGGGAGGAAGGAGCCAUGGCCGGAGUCUAGUCACGAGUUUGACCAUUUUAUUCCAGUUGCUAGAGCGACGUGA